AUGGCGGACAAUUUCAAACAACUCCCGAAAUCCCUCGACCAGGACCAGGCCAUGGGAGUUGCGGUGAUCAUCUUCAUCUCGAUCGCACUCUAUAACGCAGUCGAGCUCUCCGUACUCAUCCCAUUCAGCUUCAAGACCUACCGCAGCCUCUAUUUCUGGGCCCUUCUGAUCUCGACUACAAUGGGCUUGAUACCAACCAGUCUGGGAACAUCGUUUCAAUAUUUUGGCCUAGUCCCUCUAUGGCUCUCCCUCGCCCUCUCUAAUAUAGGGUUUAUAUGCAUGGUUCCCACGCAGUCAGUGGUUCUAUAUUCACGAUUGCACUUGAUAUCGCAAAACUUCCGCCUACUUGCGAUAAUUAAAUGGGUGAUCAUAAUUGAUUCGAUCAUACUGAUCAUCCCAACUGUGACGAUGAACUUCGGGUCCGAAUACUUCCCACGGUCAGCGUGGGUGCAUGGCUUCUCGAUAGUCGAGCGCGCCCAGAUAACUUGGUUCUCUGUGCAGGAGAUUCUCAUUUCUUCGGUUUAUAUCUGGGAAACAGUGCGAUUGAUCAAGAUCAGCCCCGAGGAAGACAAGAAACGGCAUAAAAUCUUAUGGGAGUUGAUUGGGAUUAAUAUUGUCGCCAUCGUGAUGGACCUGACAUUACUGAUCUUGGAGUUCCUGGGAUAUUAUUUCACGCAGAUCAUUCUCAAGGCGCUUGUUUAUAGCAUCAAGUUGAAGAUGGAAUUUGUCGUGCUGGGCAUGUUGCUGACCAUUGUGCGCUCGCAUUCUCGGGAGCUGACGAGUGGCGAGAUGUAUUCUUUUCCUUCCGGGUGA